CGGUUAUGUAAGGCUGUUCGGGCGGAACCGCGGCACAUUGCAUUGGAGGCGUCACGGCGUUAGUGUCCUGGAGAGGCUGUGGGCGCUCGCUGACUGUCUCGAAUUGCUGUGUGCUCCGGGUGUUAGCGGGCCUGGUUCGGUGGAAGUAUGCAAGACUUAAUUGCUCAAGUGACUAGUGAUUUCCUGCAUUUCCCAGAAGUGACUAUUCAAGCCCUUGGAGAAGAUGAAAUAACGUUAGAAUCUGUGCUUCGGGGAAAAUUUGCUGCAGGGAAAAAUAGACUUGCUUUCUUGGCGUGUGGUCCACAGCUUGAGGUUGUGAACUCUGUAACAGGAGAGCGGUUGUCUGCAUAUAGAUUCAGUGGAUUAAAUGAACAGCCUCCUAUCGCCCUUGCUGUGAAAGAAUUCUCUUGGCAGAAGAGAACUGGAUUGUUAAUAGGAUUGGAAGAAGCUGAAGGGAGUGUUCUCUGUCUUUAUGACCUGGGUAUAUCAAGAGUGGUUAAAGCAGUUGUUCUUCCUGGAAGGGUAACAGCUGUUGAACCUAUAAUUAAUCAUGGCGGAGCCAGUGCAAGCACUCAGCAUUUACACCCAAGCCUGCGAUGGCUUUUUGGUGUGGCAGCUGUGGUAACUGAUAUUGGACAAAUCCUUCUGGUUGACCUGUGUUUGGAUGACUUAUCAUGCAGUCAAAAUGAAAUAGAAGCAUCAGACCUUGAAGUUGUAACUGGUAUCCCAGCUGAAGUUCCACACAUUAGAGAGCGUGCUAUGAGAGCUGGGCGUCAUCUGUGUUUCCAGUUAGUAAGCCCAUCUGGAACAGCUGUUUCUACUCUUAGUUACAUUAACAGGACAAAUCAGCUUGCUGUAGGUUUUUCUGAUGGCUACCUAGCACUUUGGAAUAUGAAAAGUAUGAAAAGAGAAUAUUACACACAAUUGGAAGGUGGAAGGGUUCCUAUAUAUGCAGUUACUUUUCAAGAACCUGAGAAUGAUCCUCGCAAUUGCUGUUAUUUGUGGGCUGUUCAAUCUACACAAGAUAGUGAAGGUGAUGUUUUGAGUUUGCGUCUGCUUCAGCUGGCCUUUGGUGAUAGAAAAUGUUUGACAUCAGGACAAAUCUUAUAUGAGGGGCUAGAGUACUGUGAAGAAAGAUAUACACUGGACCUGGCAGGUGGCAUGUUUCCUUUGAGGGGACAGGCUAGUAAUACCAAAUUGUUGGGAUGCCAGAGUAUAGAGAAAUUUCGACCUCAUGGUGACAGGGAAGAAGGCAUGAGUGAAGCUCUGUCUCCUGACACUAGUGUUUCAGUAUUUACCUGGCAAGUGAAUAUAUAUGGACAGGGAAAACCUGUUAUAUAUUUGGGGCUUUUUGACAUAAAUCGAUGGUAUCAUGCACAAAUGCCUGAUUCAUUAAGACCAGGAGAGUAUCUACAUAAUUGCUCUUAUUUUGCAUUGUGGUCACUGGAGUCUGUUGUAAGUAGGACUUCUCCACAUGCCAUCUUGGAUAUAUUAGUACACGAGAGAAGUUUAAGUCGAGUCGUUCCUCCUUCCUAUCCACCUCCAGAGCAGUUUUUUAACCCAAGUACUUUUAAUUUUGAUGCCACUUGUUUGUUAACCUCAGGAAUUGUUCACAUAACUUGUGCUGGAUUUCAGAAGGAGACUUUGACUUUUUUAAAGAAAUCUGGACCAUCUCUAAGUGAAGUCAUUCCUGAUGGUUAUAAUCGAUGUCUUGUAGCUGGCCUUCUCUCACCAAGACUCAUUGAUAUUCAGCCUUUCAAUUUAACUCAAGAAGAGCAGUUUGAAGCCAUAUUGUCAGCAGCAAUUCAGACAAGUUCUCUGGGACUUUUGAUUGGUUGUAUCAGAAAUUGGGUAACACAAGAACAACCAAAUUCUGCUGUUAAUUUGCGCUUUAUUCUUGAGUGGACAUGGAAUAAAGUGGUUAUCACAAAAGAGGAAUUUGACAGACUGUGUACACCAUUAUUUGAUGGAUCAUGUCGCUUCAUUGAUCCACAAACUAUACAGUCUAUGCAGCAGUGUCACUUGCUUUUUAGCAAUCUUAAGACAAUUUUAAGCUGUUUUGUAACAGAAGCCCAAGUGAUCACUGAGAGAGGACUGAUGGAGCUAAGCAAUAAGUAUACGGUUACACAGCUCAUCUGUCAAUAUGCACAAAUGGUUCUUUGGUUCUGUCAUUCUGGGCUUUUGCCAGAAGGUUUAGAUGAUGCUGUGCAGUUGUCAAGGUUAUGCUACAACUACCCGGUUAUUCAGAACUACUACACUAGUCGCCGAGAGAAAUGUGAGCGUUUAUCAAGAAGGAAGUGGAACCAUGAUUGCUUAUUGAUUGAUGGGUUGGUUUCUCAGUUAGGAGAUCAAAUUGAGAAGUUGUGGAAAAGAGAUGAAGGAGGCACAGGAAAAUACCCUCCUUCUAGUUUACAUGCGCUACUGGACAUGUAUUUAUUAAGCAACAUUAGUGAGAUGAACAAGCAUUAUAUUACCAUUUAUUUGCUACUUGAUAUUAUGUAUUCCUUUCCAAACAAAACAGAUACUCCCAUUGAGUCUUUUCCAACUGCCUUUGUCAUUUCCUGGGGUCAGGUUAAACUUAUUCAAGGAUUUUGGCUAAUAGAUCAUAGUGACUAUGAGAGUGGUUUAGAUCUUCUGUUUCACCCAGCUACUGUAAAACCUGAGUUAUGGCAGCAUUCAAAGAUCCUCCAAGCCUUCAUGAAUCAGGGAGAGCACAGACAAGCGCUCAGAUAUAUACAGACGAUGAGGCCAGCUGUGUCCAGUGGUGGUGAUAUUAUCCUUCACCUCACUGUUUUACUUUUCAAUCGGUGCAUGGUUGAAGCCUGGAGUUUGCUGAGACAACAUUCUAAUACAUUGAAUAUAGAGGAAUUAUUAAAGCAUGUGUAUGAAGUGUGUCAGGAAGUGGGCUUAAUGGAAGACUUACUGAAGUUACCCUUUACAGACAUUGAGCAGGAAUGUCUAGUGAAAUGUUUGCAGUCCAGUGCCAGUGUUCAAAAUCAAGAGUUCCUUUUAGUUCACCAUUUGCAGCGUGCCAAUUAUAUCCCUGCUCUGAAGCUGAAUCAGACUCUGAAGAUUAAUCUUAUGAAUGAUCGUGAUCCUCGUGUACGGGAGAGAUCAGUGGCUCGAAAUGCUAUGUUAGUUCAAUAUGGGAAAAUCCUUCCUAGAGUCCAGCGAAAAUUAGCCAUAGAGCAAGCUAAGCCUUAUCAUGUAUCAACAUCAUCAGUUUUUCGAGAAGUUUCUAGACCAAAACCAUUAUCAACAUUUCCAAAGAAAGCGGUAACUGGAACAGUGUUAACAAGAUCUACUUUCAUCAAUAAUGUGUUAUCUAAAAUUGGAGAAGUGUGGGCAAGCAGUGAAUCUAGAAAUAACAUGUUUUACCAUAGCCCUAAAAUUGAAGAACCAUCUCCUGUAGUACAUUCUUUCCUGCAUUCAGAACUUCCUGAGGCAUUUGUUGGAACACCAAUUUCAAAAGCAUCGCAGAAAAUUUCUAGGUUGCUGAAUUUGGUAGUUCAUCCUGUUCCACAGUCUUCUCAGUCCUGGAGGUUUAUUCAUCAGAGUCCCACAAGAUCUCCUUCAUAUCUACCCUCUAGUUCAAGUUCACAAUUAAAGGGAUCACAUCAGAAAAGGAUUUCAGAAUUAAAUUUACUUGAAACCCCUCUUGUAGUUAAGAAAGCUAAAACUUUGGCAAUGUCAGUUACUUCUGGAUUUGCUGAGUUGACUCCACAAUCUAUCCUAAGGUCUGGUUUUCGAACACCUUUAGCAUCUCCCUCUGUGUCUCCCGGAAGGUCUCUUACUCCACCUUCACAGCUUAAAGAAACAAGAAUUUCAUUCAUGGAAGAAGACAUGAGGACAAAAUGGACUCCUAGAGCUGCAGAUGACAGUGAAACAAAAAUGCUUACUACACCUUUACAUAAAAGUGAUUUUCCAGCUGAAACUGAAUGGCUAAAGAGCAAAGAUAAAACCACAUCUUUUUCCCUGAGUCUCCCUGAAAAAGACCAUCAAGAAAUGGAUGCACAGUCACAGGAUACAGCCUCACAGAGUCUGGAGAAACUUGAUGUGAGCAAAGAAAGCAGCAUUGUUUCAACUAGAUCGGACCAGACUACUUUAGAAUAUUAUGAUGCACCAUCCCCAGGAAACUGUGAAGAUUUUUUUUUUAAGCCACCAAACUCUUCCACUGAACUGAUUACUAGCUUAAAUGAACAAACUAAGAAGGAUGGUGAUGAAGGCAAUUUAGAAGUUUCACAGGAGGAACUUUCAGAAUUAAAUCACUUAAACCCCAUUCAAGGACUUGAAUCUUCUUGUGUGCCAUCCAUCCAUGAAGGGAAAACCCUCACCCUGAAGUCCAAGGUACCAGUUUUGGAUGAAGGAUUAAUGUGUGUUGAAUCUUGCACAUCUGCAAUUAGAGCAGACAACAAUAAAUCUCUGGCUGAUGUCAAUGAGAGUGGAAGCUCUGGGCUUAUUACCUCUGAAAGUCCUGUUGUCUCUGAGCAUAGACUUGACCAGGAAAAAGCACUGAACUUAGAGCGUGAAACAGAAGUUGAUAGGCUAAAACAAAGUGCUCACUUACCAGAAGAAAAGCAUCCAGUUUCUGACAGUCCUCCUGAUACUCAAGAAAUUCAUGUGGAUGUACAUGAAAAGCUUGAAGUUCAAAAAUCAGGAGAAGAGGCUAGGAAUCUUUCAUUUAAUGAGUUGUAUCCCUCAGGAACUCUUAAACUUCAGUACAAUUUUGAUACUAUUGAGCAACAGUUUUGUGACUUACCUGAUAAAGACUCUGCUGAAUGUGACAUUGCUGAAGGAGAUGGGGAACUUUUCGUUGCUCAGAGCAAUUUUACCUUGAUUUUAGAAGGUGAAGAAGGAGAAGUUGAGACAGGUGAUUCCACAGCCUCGAAUACAUUGCCAAAAGCAGCUAACACAACAACUAAAGAAAAGCUUGUGUAUAAUGUGGAACGUGAUGCUCAUGGGCAUGUUGCAAAUUUGCCAUCAGUCAUAACAAGUGACCAGGAAUCUCGAAAAGUAGAGACUUUACCGUAUGUGCCUGAACCAAUUAAAGUGACAGUUGCAGAAAAUUUACUAGAUGUAAUUAAAGACACGAGUAAAGAAGUUACUUCAGAUACAGUGGAACAGUCCGUGCACGAAAACAUGCCUUUAAUAAGCCAAAAUGUAAAGUCUUCUACCAAAUUAGUCAGACGUACACGUAAGGCUGUUCAGGAUGUAGAAACAGUGACUAUAAAUGUCAGCCAGAGUGACGAUACAGUUUCUUCCAGAACUCGCCCAAGACGGCAGUGUGUCCAAAACCUGAACAUCACAUCAACACAACAGGAGUCAGCAGAUGUUCAUACUCCUAAGAUGUUGGAGUCACCAGCUAAGAGGAAAACUAGAAAAACAAAAGAAAUUUCUGAGGCUUCUGAAAGUGCCUAUUCUGAUGUUAAAGGAAGAUCUCAGAAAGAGCAAAUACCUCAAAAUUCUCUUAGUUCUAGAAGGGGAAAGAAUAAAAAAGAAAUUAAUCAAGACACAUUAGAAAGUUUUGAUUCUAUGAAACAAGAAACACAAGUUACUCCAGGUAGAGAACCAAAAAGGUCAAAAUUAUCUCAGCCGUUGGAACCAGCAAUUGAAACUUCUUUUAGAAAAGAGGUUAAGCUUGUGUCUGUUAUGAAAGGGACUCCUAAAAGAAUUAAAAGACCUAUAGAAAAUGAAGAACAUGCUGAAAUUAUAAAUGAUCUAACAGCUAGUAGUAAUGUAGCGAGUCCUAGCCAGACUACCAAGAAAUUGAAAAAUGCUAAUAUAGAAGCUUCAGAAAUUACAGGAUACAAACAGGAUGAGAAAUCCAGUAACCAACAACCCUCUGUGAAACGUAGUAGAAGGGUCAAAGGAGAAGUUAGUAUGUUGGGUAUUACGCAAGAGUCUAAACUUGAUUCAUCCCAGUUGACUCUUCAGGCAGAAUUUGGUAUGUCCGCUACACCUAGGAAACGUGGUAGACCAAGGAAGAUGAAUCCAUUGGAAUAUGUUGGAUCUAAGGCUGUCGAGGAAGAGAGAAAUUCCCAAAAGGCAGAGGUUCUCAGCGUCCGAAGAUCUGCAAGGAACACCCCAGCUAGAAAUGAAAAUAGAAGUGUUGGAGAAACAGGUUUAGAAAAAUCCACGUUAGUGCCAAAUGAGCAACUUGAUAGGGUAUUAAGAUCUACAAAAAAGUUUACAAAGAAUACCGAAAAUCAAAGCCAGAAAUGUACAUUAUACUCAGUGUCAGAAGAACAUGUAGAUGAAGUGGCACAUAAAGAACCAAAUGACCAAGAAGAAAGAUUGCUUUCCACCACAACUUUUAUUAAAACUUCCCGUAGCAUAAGGACUAGAUCAAGCAAGGCCAGCUUUUUGCAAGACCUUUCUGAACCAAAAAAUGAGACUUUAUUUUCUCCUACAGCAAAGAUUUCAAGGAAACUAAAAGCUGAAAGAAUAGAGACUCCUACACAGCUGAAAGAAUUAGUUUCAGAUUUAUCUUCUCAGUUUGUCUUCUCACCUACUUUGAGGACCAAGCGAAAAAACAUAUCCAGUACAUCCAGGCUUAUAGAUGAACUGGACAAUGCUAAAACAGUAGAAACUGUGGAAGAGCAAGAAGUAAAGAGAAUCAGGACUACAAGAACAAAGCAGGCAAACAAAAACACAGAAAAGGAACAUUCUUGGUCACCUCCUCCAGUAGAAAUUAAGCUGAUUUCUCCCUUGGCAAGCCCAGUUGAUGGCGUAAAGAGUAAGCCAAGAAAAACUGCAGAAGUAAUGGGAAAAGCUGUUGGAAGGGGCAGAAAGAAACCAUUUUCCCUUCCAAAGCAAGUUUUACGUAGGAAAAUGCUGUAAUUUUUUUCCAAGGUUUUAAUGUACAUGAAUUUAUAAAGUCAUCAAAAUUGUGUGGAUUAAAAAUCAUCUAAUUUGGAAGAAAAUAAUUUAUAUAAAUUAUUGUAAAUUUUUGUAAACAGGAGGUCUUUCA